AUGGAACAAGCCGGGAAGCGCCUCGGAGUGGCGCCAAAGGCACCUGUGCGCGCAGGCGAUCUGGAGGAGGAGUCCAUUGACCUGGAGAACCGCAAGGCCCUGGAGAGUGCCUCACCUGAGGAGGUGAAGGAGUGGCAGCGGGAGCUCUUGGAGCAGCUGGGCGCCGAGACCUGCGCCUUUCUGAGACGCCGGGGCGCCGAGAAGCGGUGGGCGGAGCCGCAGGUGAAGCCGAGGCCGAAGGAAGAGGAGCUCAAGGAGCCAAAGGAGCUCAAGCCGAAGCCGGAGGAGAGUGUAUCCUCUGUGUCGCUGGAGUUUUCCAUGGAUGGCGUGGAGGCAAUGCGGUCGAGGGUCGGCCUUGUCGCGGAUUGGAAUUAG